AUGCGCCCCGACAAGCCGCGCGACCCCGUUGCUGGCCCCGAUGCAGGCCCAGAGGCUCCCUACCCUGUCCGAUUGUCCGGCCCAGUAAUUAAAGGAUUCGGACGCGGCAGCAAAGACCUAGGAAUCCCUACUGCCAAUAUCCCCGCCGAUGAUCUAUCCGAAAAACACCCAGAGUUAACAUCGGGUGUCUACUACGGCGUCGUUGCGCUAGACCCUAAGACGUAUCAACAUGAGUCCGAGUCCUCGACUUCGGAGGCGGUCAUUCUCCCUGCUGUUUUGAGUAUUGGAUAUAAUCCUUUCUACAAAAAUACUGUGCGCUCGGUGGAAAUCCAUAUCAUGCCCCCUCUCACUGAACCCUCGCCAACAGCUGCGGCUGCAGGACAGACUAAGUUCAACCGCUUGCCGGAUUUCUAUACGACGAAGCUUAAUCUGUUGAUUCUUGGUUAUAUUCGUCCUGAGUUUGAUUAUGUUUCGUUGGAGGCGCUUGUUGAGGAUAUUCGGGUGGAUUGUGAAGUCGCGCGGGAGAGUCUAUUGCGUGAUUCUUAUAAGUGUUAUAUUGUUGAUGAUGGGAAGGCGACUGGAAAGGUUCGUGAGGAUCGGGAGUGGUUGGUGAGUUUUGAGUAA